AUGGCGUCAUCCAUGAAGGACUUCUCCGUUGGUAAAAACAGCACCUUCCGCAAGCCGAAAAGCAUGUCUGUCAAAGAGUUAAAAAUCAAAUCACUCAUCGAAACUGUGGAUCUAGACGCGGCACCAACCCCGGGGCCAAGCCCGCUGCAGAGAGUCCGCUCAAUGCGUUCUUCGAGCGACUUUGAGGAAAGGUAGGUUUAGCAUUCAUCUUUUAUAAUAUUUUGACAUUCUCUUUGUUUUCCCUUCAAGAGUACAAGUUUUAAUUAAUCCGGCCGCUUUUAGUAAACAUAUCGUGCCGUUUUGUAGCGCCCAUUAGACUACAGUCUUAUCGUGCUGCCAAACCAAUCCGUUACCCGAAAGCCGGGCGUUAACAAGUAUCGAAUUAACCUCGGCUCUUCGCGUGGUUCCAUUGAACAAAUAAAUAUAGGGCCAAUUGGUUGAAAAUAAAUAGUUAAUGAGAAGGGCAUUUUCCGGCUUUUCUUUCUCUGCCGGUUUUCGCACGCAUUCCGUAGUAUUGCAUCCAGAGAGUGACAUCCCAACUUAAUCCGCGACAUCUUUGCGCCUCGCAACCAACAUUUUUACUCGUUUACCUGGCUCUCUUGACGACAGAGCGCUUUCGGCCGUUUUUUGUUUGAAAAGUAAGCCGUUUAGGAAAGAUGAGUGUUUCUUUUCGGUGCCGGACCGGCAUGCAGCUAUGAUGACAAAAAGUUUUAAUGACAUUCUUCCGGCUGACCGUCAACAAAGCAUCAUCGGAAUAUUUUAUGACUCUGAACUUGACUUUAAAAAUUCCGCGCGUGUUAAUUAAAUUUGAGGGAACGACAGCACUCAACACUGCGCAUAAAAGGGGUUCUGAACAAAAGCAACACAGCCCUUUUUCAGACUUGAUACGUGCUAAACAUACGGGCCACCAAAUGCCACCAGCAUGAUUAUCACCUUCCGGCGCGCAACCCAACUUUCCGUCCCUGCCAAAACAUAAGCCAUGUCUUCCGAAGACAUUUCUGACCAGGCGGAUGUCAAGGUUUGCAUAACUCCCGGAGCGCAGACCACUUGGGCACAGGUCAGACCAAGCACGCUCUUGGUGAAAAUACUUUUGGACUUAUCAGUUUUAUGAGUGUUUGCGUACCCUGGGCUCGUUGGUCCAACACUUUCCGCUUUUCGAAAACUUGGGUUUACACCUCAUUACACCCUAGCAGUAGGAAUUUUUCCAAAAUUUCGUUUGACCUUUACUGGUAACAUGAGCAAGGUUUAGCCCGCUUUGGGAGUUGUUUUGGCUUGCCACAUUGUUGAUUAACAAGAUGUCAUGUCAAAGUUAUUAUAGCCGACACUCGAGUUCGGUGACUUUAUUAAAACCGCGGCCUAUAAUUAGUGUGUUCAAGUUCCACUUAUUAUUGCGACUUGCACACCGUGAAGACGGACAGCACUGGUUUAAAAAUGCCUUUUCAUGACAUUUUCUUAUUAUUAAUAUUCUGGGCGAGAACAUGUCUUUUCUCAUCAUUUGUAUCAUACUUUUAAACAUUCACUUGCCUCCGCUCCUUUCACUAUACAAUGCAUUUUUAUACAUUGCCUUGUGCCAUUACUUUCGCAUCAAACUGGGUGACCACCUUUUAUAUUUGAAAAAAGUGGUCUGGUCGUUAAUAAUGUACAUGAUAGUAUCAAAAAUUAUACACGUACAUCAAGUAUAAUAUAAAUAUUAAUGUAUGCGCUGGAAGCCUGUUAUUAUAUACUUUUGUUUUGUGAUGUUAACGCUUCUAAAGGGAAGUCGAACUUGGGAAACAAGGGUUUAGCUGUUAAGGUACAAAAUUUUUAACCAUUAAUGAGCUGUAUUUUUAGGUUUUACUCAUUAAUUCGUGUCUACAUUAAUAUUGUAAUCUACUUUUGCAAGUUUGCUAUUACGUUUUACACUCUCAAGCUUAACUCCGGUUCUUCCCAAGAUUUUGAAUUUGUUUUAAUUUGGCUUCUUCGGCCCCCACUAACCAGUAUAAAUUCGUCAAAAACAAAGAGUAACUCCAAAACGUAAAUAAUUUCAGAAGUUCGCUGAUGGACAGCGAGUACCGAAUCAUACUCAAUGUUGGCGGAGUACGGCACGAAACAUACAAACAUACGCUAAAGAAGAUACCAGCGACUCGACUGUCAAGGUAUGUGUUUCACUUAUAGUGUUGUUGGCAAAGAAAAUUUUAAUUUAGUUUUUUGACAAAAGCUACCGUAUUUUAUAAAAUAUUUUUUUAUUUUUUUUCAAAUUUCUUUUCAAUCGAUUGGCUGUACUCUUUAAUCUUAACUUAUGGAUCUCGCCAUUUUAGGUUGACUCCAAAUUUAGCCAACUAUGAUCCAGUACUAAACGAAUACUUUUUCGACCGGUAAGCUCUCUAUUACAAAUCGCAACGAUUGUUUUCAGACAUCCCGGUGUAUUUGCUCAAAUCUUAAAUUAUUAUCGCACAGGAAAACUACAUUAUCCAUUAGGUAUGCUGCGAUUUUUCUAUAAUUUAUGAAAUAUUCAGACGUUUGUGGUCCAUUAUUCGAGGAAGAAUUAAAAUAUUGGGGCCUCGAUGCCAAUGAGGUGGAACCGUGCUGCUGGAUGACAUACACACAGCACCGCGACACACAAGAAGUACUCCAGACACUAGAUAAGCUCGACAUAGACGAUGAAGCAUUAAACAAUCAGGUAAACAAAAUAUCCUAUUCAUAACACAAAUAAUUAAUGAGCUCAUCAUUUAUUAAUUUCCAGGAAGAGUUGUACCGUCGCUUCGGGUGGGAGGACGACUACCACAACCAAAGCCUCAGCGCCUGGCAGAAGCUCAAACCCAAACUGUGGCGACUCUUCGACGAGCCGAGUUCCUCCCAAGGCGCCAAAGUGAGUUAUGACUUGAGCCUAAUUGAGUUAUUUGAAGAUAGUGGCAGUGAUAUCCGUCUUCUUCCUAAUUAUCGCAAUACUGGUCUUCUGCCUCAAAACCCAUCCCGGGCUACGGGUCUACGAAAUCGAGAACGUCGGCACCGUGAACGCCACCAUUCCCGUGGCACACGAGUCGGACUCGCGACACUCGAAUGCACAUAAUCACCACACCUUCUACAAGUAUCAAACCCAAACGAUUGGAGUCGACAAAACCAACUCCAAGACCCACCCUAGUUUUACAGUGAUAGAAACGGUUUGUAAUGUAUGGUUCACAAUCGAAAUAAUAAUACGGUAGGUUUACAUUUGAAAUUUUAAAAUUUUGUAGAAUAUAUAACUUUUGUGUUACUCAGUAGUACUUUUAUUUUUCAAAUACAAAAAUAACAAAAAUGGUUUACAGGUUCAUAUGUUGUCCUUCAAAGAUAAAAUACUUCAAAGCUCCAGUGAAUAUCAUCGACAUUAUUGCGACUUUAACGUUUUACAUUGACUUGUUCUUGACAACCUCAUUCGGUGCUACGGCAGAUUUGGAAUUCUUUUCUAUUAUUCGAAUUAUGCGGCUCUUCAAACUGACACAACAUUCGCAGGGCUUGAAGAUAUUGUUACACACCUUCCGGUAAUUUUCAUUUUUUAGCUGUUCAGAUAUCGUCAUAGCCCAAAAACAGAAGUUUUUUUAAAUUUUUUACAUUUGUUCUGGUUUCUACUUAGUUUUUGACCAAUUUAUUGCUCAUUUUUAACGAAGAACUAAUUUGGACAAAAUAUUUUUAAACGUUUUAUGCCUACCAACUUUUGUAAACAAAAAUUAAUUAAAUUCUAUUUACUUUUCUACCAUAAUAGUAGUCCAAAAGAAUAAAACUAUAGCUUUACUGUGUCAUAUUUUUAACACAUUUACUGUGAACUUUAUUCUUUCAGAGCUAGUGCAAAAGAAUUAAUGUUGUUGGUCUUCUUUUUGGUGCUGGGUGUCGUUGUUUUCGCGGCUUUGGUUUAUUAUGCCGAACGAGUGGAAGUAAAUCCAGAUAAUCAGUUUCAAAGUAUACCGUUGGCAACUUGGUAUGCCAUAGUAACAAUGACUACAGUAAGUAAAAAAUCAUUGGAAUAAAAUUUUGAAUGAAUUCCCAGUAAGACAAUAUAGGCCUGUAGCUUCAUUUACCAAAGAUAACAAAUUUUACAGAUUGGCUACGGUGAUAUGACACCGCAUACAUUUUUGGGCCGACUGGUCGGUUCUUUGUGUGCGUUAGCUGGUGUACUUACAAUUGCCUUGCCAGUACCAGUCAUCGUAUCCAACUUUGCCAUGUUCUACUCUCACACUCAGGCACGAUCGAAGAUGCCGAAGAAGCGAAGAGUGGUACUAAGUGCUGAUCAAGUUGUAAGUCAACAAAACAUGUAUUUAGUUUAACUUGUUAUUCUAGGUGAAACAACAACAACCUGCACAUCCUCCUCGAAGAGUACUAGUGAGCGGCAAAAACUCGGGUUUCACGUACGAACAACAAACUCCGUUGUUGAACAAUACAAGCAAAUCUUCCAAAGAGAUACCUACUGCCAGGAUUUAA